AUUUUUUUUUAAAAAAUUUGAAAUUCAUGAGGAGGAAAAAGAGUUCAAAAUUGAAAUUGAAGGUGUAAUGGUUCUCCAAGACUCAAACUACGAGGCACGAAGGGACUUUCCAUAGCCCGUCGAUACCUGCCAGAAAUUUCCACUUUCCGUUUAAUCUCUCAGGUUUAGCUCAUUGGCAAAAUCCUACGCUCAAUUCAGUUCAGUUGGGAAAAAUUCAAGAAAGAGAGGAAAAUGACGCUUCUAAGUAGAUUCUUUUACAAAAGACCCCCAGAUGGGUUGCUUGAAUUUGUAGAGAGAGUAUAUGUGUUUGAUUCGUGUUUUUCCACCGAGGUCUUGCCUGAGGAAAUGUACCAAAUAUACCUAGAUGAAAUUAUUACUGAGUUACAUGAAGAAUUCCCGGACUCAUCCUUCCUUGCAUUCAAUUUUCGUGAGGGUGAGAAACGUAGCCAAUUUGCUGAGAUACUAUGCGAAUACGAUGUUACAGUUAUGGAUUACCCGCGGCAGUACGAGGGUUGUCCAAUCCUCCCAUUAUCUCUCAUUCAACAUUUUCUCCGUGUUUGUGAGAGUUGGCUCUUGCUUGACAAGCAACAGAAUGUUAUUCUUCUCCAUUGUGAGAGGGGAGGUUGGCCACUCUUGGCAUUUCUUUUAGCUAGCUUUCUCAUUUUUAGAAAAUUGCAUAGUGGUGAACGAAAGACUCUUGAAAUUGUACAUCGAGAAGCUCCUAAAGGUUUCUUGCAGCUCUUGUCGCCUUUGAAUCCUCUUCCGUCUCAGCUUCGAUACCUUCAGUAUGUGGCAAGAAGAAAUAUAGCUCCAGAGUGGCCACCUCCUGAGAGAGCACUUUCUUUAGACUGUGUCAUUCUUCGAGCCAUUCCAAACUUCGAUACCCAUAAAGGCUGCACUCCAAUUAUCCGUAUUUUUGGUAGGAAUCUACUUAGCAAGGGUGGGCUUUCGACCCAGAUGAUAUUCUCCAUGCCCAGGAAGAAGACACUUCGGAACUACCGUCAAGAAGACUGUGAUGUCAUCAAAAUUGACAUUCAGUGUCUAGUGCAAGGAGAUGUUGUAUUGGAGUGUGUCCAUGUAGAUUUGGAUCCAGAGAGGGAAGUUAUGAUGUUCCGUAUUAUGUUCAACACUGCAUUUAUUCGUUCCAAUAUACUGAUGCUGAAUUCGGAUAACUUAGACAUUCUAUGGGAUUCAAAGGAACGCUAUCCAAAAGGCUUCCGAGCUGAGGUAUUGUUUGGGGAGUUUGAGAGCAUAUCUCCUCCUAAAGCUCCAACUACAAUUUUAAAUGGCGAGGAGAAAGGUGGAUUGCCCCUUGAAGCUUUUUCGAGGGUUCAAGAACUUUUCAAUGGGGUUGAGUGGGUUGAUAGCAAUGAUGAUGCAGCCUUGUGGUUGCUUAAACAGCUCUCUGUACUAAGUGAUGCAAAAGAAAUUUCAAGGUUGCAAAACAAAGUGAAUUUAUAUUCGUCACCUGCUGACUCUGAAGAAGAAAAUAAUGCAUCUAGCACUGCUGACAGUGCUGAUGAAGCUUUUGAUACUGUUUCCAAGGCUUCAGCAGAUUCAGCGAAAGCAUUGAUGCUGGACACAUUUGAUUCAGUUCCUGUAUCGUUUGAAAAUGAUGGUCCACCUGAAGCGAACCUUGCUUCAGAUUCUCCUGAUCAAGAGUUAAUUGGACCUGUUCUGCACUCUCUUCAUCAACAAUCAUUAGAUACAAGUAAUGGAUCUCCACCUUGUUCAUCCCCUCAAUCAUUGCCACUACCACCACUAUCAACGGAACCAUUAUGUCCUGCUCUUCACCCUCCACCACCACCGCCACCACCACCUCCUUCCAUUGGUGCUUGUAGAGAUUCUUUAGACCUCCUACCUUCCAGUACUAGCAGAGGUCCACCAGUACCACCACCUAUUGCUCUAUCUCGUUGUGUCUCUAGCAAAGGUCCACCACUACGUCCUCCCCCACCACCACCACCUCCUCCUCCUAAAUCUAGUCAAGAGUCUUUGCUGCCACACCCACCUCCACCUCCUCCAUUUUUGGGAAGUGCACCCAACAAGGUACAAUCAAUAGCAGCACCACCACCGCCACCACCACCGCCCCCUCUUCCUGCAACUAACAAGCUACAACCACCUCCUCCUCCUCCUCCUCCUCCACCAUCCAUUUCUAAUUCUGGUCGUGGACCACCGCCUCCUCCACCUCCUCCACCAUCGAGUUCUAGUUCUGGUCAUGGACCACCGCCUCCUCCACCUCCUCCACCUCCUCCACCAUCCAGUUCUAGUUCUGGUCGUGGACCACCACCACCUCCACCUCCUCCACCAUCCAGUUCUAGUUCUGGUCGUGGACCACCACCACCUCCACCUCCUCCACCAUCCAGUUCUAGUUCUGGUCGUGGACCACCACCACCUCCACCUCCUCCACCAUCCAGUUCUAGUUCUGGUCGUGGACCACCACCACCUCCACCUCCUCCACCAUCCAGUUCUAGUUCUGGUCGUGGACCACCACCACCUCCACCUCCUCCACCAUCCAGUUCUAGUUCUGGUCGUGGACCACCACCACCUCCACCUCCUCCACCAUCCAGUUCUAGUUCUGGUCGUGGACCACCACCACCUCCACCUCCUCCACCAUCCAGUUCUAGUUCUGGUCGUGGACCACCACCACCUCCACCUCCUCCACCAUCCAGUUCUAGUUCUGGUCGUGGACCACCACCACCUCCACCUCCUCCACCAUCCAGUUCUAGUUCUGGUCGUGGACCACCGCGUCCUCCACCUCUUCCACCAUCCAGUUCUAGUUCUGGUCGUGGACCACCACCACCUCCACCUCCUCCUCCUAUGAGUGGUAGCCUUGGUAAUAAUACUAGGCCAUCACCCCCACCUCCACCUCCUUCGGGACCGGGAAGGCCAACCCCGCCACCUCCACCACCAGCACCAAUGCCCCCAAGUGCUCCUCCUCCACCCUCAAGUCGUGGUGCAACACCACCUCCUCCACCACCUGGAGCAAAGGGCUCUAAUGCACCACCGCCACCACCACCAGCCAUUGGAAGGGGCAGAGCUUCUUCUGGGCCGACAAGUCUUGGAAAAGGUCGUGGCACUGGUGCUACUAAUGCCCCGAAGAAAAAUUCGUUAAAGCCCUUACACUGGGUCAAAGUUACUCGAGCAAUGCAAGGGAGUUUAUGGGCAGAUUCUCAGCAACAGGAAAAUCUGUCAAGGGCUCCAGAAAUAGAUAUAACAGAACUUGAAAGUCUGUUUUCAGCAGCCUCUGCUUCAGAUGGGAAUGGCAGUAAGGGUGGAGGUCGACGCGGUUCUACCAUCACCAAACCUGAGAAAGUGCAAUUGGUUGACUUGCGACGAGCAUAUAACUGUGAAAUCAUGCUCUCAAAUGUAAAGAUCCCUUUGCCGGAUAUGAUUAAUGCAGUUCUGGCUCUGGAUUCUUCUGUUCUUGACAUUGACCAGGUUGAGAAUCUCAUUAAAUUUUGUCCUAGUAAAGAAGAAAUGGAAACUUUGAAGAACUAUACAGGCGACAAGGAAAUGCUAGGAAAAUGUGAACAGUUUUUCGUAGAGCUGAUGAAGGUUCCACGAGUAGAAUCCAAGUUGCGAGUAUUUGCUUUCAAAAUUACCUUUUCUAGUCAGGUGAAUGACUUAAGACUUCAUCUGAAUACAAUCAAUGGUGCUGCUAGAGAGGUUAAAGAAUCCGCAAAACUACGACAGAUAAUGCAGACAAUUCUUACUUUGGGAAAUGCCUUGAAUCAAGGCACUGCUCGAGGAUCUGCCAUAGGAUUCAAAUUGGACAGCCUUCUUAAAUUGUCUGACACCCGUGCAAGAAACAACAAAAUGACUUUAAUGCAUUAUUUGUGUAAGCUCAUUGCUGAGAAAAUGCCAGAGUUGCUGGAUUUUAAUAAGGAUCUUGUUCAUUUAGAAGCUGCCUCUAAGAUUCAGUUGAAAGCUUUGGCUGAAGAAAUGCAAGCCGUGAGUAAAGGUCUUGAAAAGGUUGAGCAAGAACUUGCUGCUUCAGAAAAUGAUGGAGCAAUCUCUGCUGGCUUCCAAAAGGUCCUGAAACAUUUUCUUGAUACUGCUGAAGCUGAAGUAAGGUCACUAAUAUCCCUGUACUCUGAAGUGGGAAGAAAUGCAGAUUCUUUGUCUCAAUAUUUUGGGGAAGAUCCAGCUCGGUGUCCUUUUGAACAAGUGACACAGGUCUUGUUCGUUUUUGUCAAGAUGUUCAACAAGUCACGAGAGGAAAAUGAAAGACUCGCUGACGUCGAAAAAAGGAAGCUUGAAAAGGAAGCCAUGAAAGAACGAACUGUAACUAAUUCAUCUGCAAGGAAAGAUGUUAAAUAGAGCAACAUGAAAUAUACACAUGUUUAUGUUUUGGUGGGUAAAAUCAAUAUAUUGCAGAAAUAGGCGGUCAAUUUUAGAAUUGACUUUUAGUUCAUGCCCAAAUUCGACCAACAAUUUACACUAGGUUGACAAGAGCAAGUCGAAAUUCUGAUGUGUGCCCAAUUCUUUUAAAGAGGCAGGUUUUUACUUUUUCCGAAGUUGCUGUUCAGGUCGAGAUGGCAGCCAGAUGGCGACUUGACCUUUGCUCAUUUUGAAACAUCCUCGACCCAUGGAUCAGUUGUAUUCAAGCUGUAAAUAUUAUAAGAACAGAUGCUGGCGUUGUAAUCCUUUCCAUGCUUCUCUUGAAACAUUUUCUAGCGUAUUAUCUGAUUUCGUGUUAUGUCAAUUUCU